AUGCUCGCCCCCAAAGAAGCCGUGAAGACCCCGCCUACAGCGAACCCGUCCGAGUUCGACCUGCAGAACAUCCGCCAUGCCAUCUUCCAGGCUGAGCAAGGGCUGGCGGAGGAGGGCGUGCCCAUCGGAGCAGCUCUCGUCCGGAAGGAUGGCGUCGUGAUUGGUGUUGGGCGGAACCGCCGCGUGCAGCAGAAGUCGGCGACGAGGCAUGGGGAGACGGACUGCCUCGAGGUCAUCGGACGUCUGCCUGCUUCCGUCUACAAGGACUGCACGAUGUACACCACCCUCUCACCUUGCUCGAUGUGCUCCGGCGCCAUGAUCCUCUUCGGCAUCAAGCGAUGCGUGAUGGGCGAGAACGACACUUUCCUCGGCGGUGAGAGCAUCCUCCAGGCGCACGGCGUCGAAGUUGUGAACCUCAACCUCGACUCGUGCAAGAAGCUCAUGGCUACGUUCAUUGAGAAGUACCCGGAGGUGUGGAACGAGGAUAUCGGAGAGGAGGACAAGUAA